AACGAUUAAACACCAGAGAGGCUAUAUGCACCAACAGACUGAAAGUACGUGUAUGGUACGUGUGUGGAUUAUCUCUAGUUUUAUACAACACUGAAUUAUCUAUGCUGGAAGACCUUACAGUCAAUUGACAGAGAUAAGAAAAGUACAUGUACACUUCUAGACAAGGCAUACAUGGACAACUAUUUGGCACUGUUUUCUGCGCUUGUUUUCUGUACAACAGUUUGCGGAGAUACCAAUGUAUGUGUUGGUAACUCUGACGGCCACUAUGAAAUAGGUUGUCGGUCGUACGUCAAAUGCACUGGAGGGAUAGGUGUUCUUCAUGACUGCCCUAACCCCCCUGCUCUGAACACUGUCUACAAUGCCGUUACAGGACAAUGCGAUAGACCCGAUAAUGUGGCUCGUCCCUGCGGACAUUGGCAGGACUGCUCCCUUCUUCCGGACAAGAGAUACCCAGACAUGUACACUAAUUGUACCACAUACUAUACCUGUCACGGGGGCACUUUCUUCGGACACAACUUCUGUAGUAUAGGUCUAGUUUUUGAUGAAAAUCUACAGCUGUGUAAUUGGCCUUAUAAUGUGGCGCCACCGUGCGGUACAUUGACAACACAAUAAUGCGGGGAUCCUGGCAGAGCCAAGAUAUUCUUAAGAAGUUUGUCUUUGGAUAUGCAUGAAUAAAAGAUUAAAAAUUGUAAA